AUGGAAGGUAAAGUUGUAGUUGUAACCGGUGGUGCUUCAGGAAUUGGAAGAGCAAUAUGUUUAGAGUUGGCCAAGAAGAAUGCCAAGGUAGUUGUUGCCGAUGUCAAUUCUUCGAUGGACACCAUCAUGUUGAUGAAGCAAGCCAACGAUUCUGUCCAAGUUGUCGAAGCCAUAUGUGACAUCUCGAAUGCCGAGCAAGUAAACGCUAUGGUUCAAACUGCCAUCGACCAAUUCGGUAGAAUCGACUGUGCCGUCAACAACGCUGGUAUUCUCGGUAUGAUGGCUCGUAUCGGUGAAUAUGAAGAAUCAAUGUUUAACAAGAUGAUUGAUAUCAAUAUUAAAGGCACAUGGAAUUGUAUUAGAGCUCAAGUUAGAGCUAUGGAGAAACAAGGUGCUGGAAAAUAUAGUAUUGUCAACGUUAGUUCGAUUGCUGGUGUAUUGGCUUUCCCAUACAACUCUGCCUACAGUUGUGUCAAGCACGCUUUGCUCGGUUUAACCAAGAGUACCGCUGCUGAGUACGGUUCAAGUGGUAUCAGAUGUAAUGCCGUAUUGCCAGGUGCCUCAGAUACCCCAAUGUUGAGAUCAUACGUUCCAACUGAAGAAGCCGUUGCCGGUCUCAAAGCCAUCACCCCACUCCACCGUUUCUCUGACCCAGAAGAAAUUGCCAAGCCAAUCUUAUUCCUUUUGUCCGAGGAAUCAUCCUAUGUCACUGGUCAAAAUUUGAUUGUCGAUGGUGGUUUAUCUGUUGUCUAA